CGUAAAUAAGGUGCGUAACCUUUAACAACGGGCGUGGCUUCCUGAUGCAUUUCUGCUGCUCAAUGCGGAACAAAAACAGAACUCCGGAACUCAAGAUUCCUGACAAUCUGCUUGAAGUUUCCAAGGGUUUUUUGGACGUGAAGUGUUUACUUGUCACUUCAAAUAAGCACAACCAUGUGGCCAAAUCAAGGUCCUCCCCCUCCGAUGGACCCCCAAAACCCUGCCUAUCCUCCUGGCUACAACCCUGCAUAUCCUGCUGCACCUCCAUCAGGGGGACUAUUUCCCCAACCUGCACAUCCAGCAUACCCGGCUGGGCCACACCCGGCAGGGCAAUACCCAGCUGGGCAAUACCCUGCAGGGCAAUACCCAGCAGGGCAAUACCCAGCAGGGCAAUACCCAGCUGGCAUAAACCCAGCAAUGGGCCCAAAUGUACAUCCAGGGACGAUGCCUUAUGGAGCUCCUGGACAGCAUCCUUAUCCUAUGGCUCCAGGUGGAUAUCCAGUCCCUCCUGGAGGUGUUCACCCAGGUCCAUACCCCCACUCUCCAAAAGGUGGUCACCAUAAAGGCCAUAAAGGCCACAAAGGUGACCACAAAGGUCAUGGAGGCCUCAAUCCAAUGGGUGGAAUGUGUGCUGGGGGAAUGGCUGGAAUGGGAAUGGGACUGGCUGGGCAUAAAGGCCACAAAAAGAUGAAGAAGAUGAAGAAGAUGAAGAAAGCACAUAAAGGGGGCAAACAUGGCAAGUCCUCCUCCAGCAGCAGCAGCAGCAGCAGCAGCAGCAGCAGUGACUAAGAGUUAGGCUACAAUUUUGAGGGAAGGCUUUCACAGAUAUGUUAAUUUACAAAAGAACUAUUAACAAUAAAAACGCAAAUGUCACAAUUAAAACUUUUAAUAGAAUGUAAAAAAAAAUGCAGAGUUUUAUCAUCAUUAUCAUAUAUUAUGCAUUAGCUAUUUUUGGUGUUUUAUGUCAAAUGUUCCACAUUGUGACAUAUUCAAAUGAUUUCCAAAGUGCGUUAUUCUAUGAUUAAAAAAGAUCUUUCAUUUUAAUUUAGUAAAUUAAGUUGUGUAUAUUGUAUUUUUUUCUUCCUUUAGGAAGAUAAAUAAUAUAGAUACUGCAUAUUUAUAUUUAUGCCUAUUGAUUUGUUUUCCUACUACUACACAUGGCUGCAGAACUUUAUUCUGCAUUGCUUUGAUUCAUCACUAAUUGUAUUUACGUGUAAAGGUUAUUCAACUAACCUUCUCAAUAAAUGCAUUUAAAGGAAAAAAAUC